AUGUCAUUAGCAAGAACAUUCAAACAUGCUAGAGCUGUAGGAUUCAAAGAAUGGUUCCGACAAAUGACUUAUAUCGGAGACGCAAAGAUGGGUAGAUUAGCAGGAACAGAUCAAUUUGGAAAUCGAUAUUAUGAGAAUUUAGAUCCAAAGGAGGAAGUUCCAGGCCGACAUAGGUGGAUAGAUUAUUCACAAGACGAUUUUAACGCUGCUCAAGUUCCACCAGAAUGGCAUUCUUGGUUAGCACACAUAAGGAAAGAUGCACCUCCUGAAGAUCCAAUCAUCCAACAAUCAACACCACCUUGGAAGACUCCAUACGUAGAAAACAUGACUGGAACAAGAGGAGCUUUCAAGACGUACUCGACCACUGCACCAAAAAUCAGAGCCUGGGAUCCCGUUGUCAAACCACGAGGUGGUACUUCAUCGAGUGCUUAA